UACGGUCAAAGACUUUACAAUUUAAUUUUUAUCAUAAUAAUUCACCUAUUCAGUAAUUCAGUAUUCAUGAGUUCAUGAAAUCAUGACGUUCAAUAACAAUAAUAUGGAGUGUUUUGAUUAAUCGAUUGCCAUUGCUCAUUUCACGUUGUAAAAAUUGUUUUAUUUUUUUUWAAAUUUUUUAUGGGUAGACACCAGAUAAUAAACAAUCAUAACAAAUUUGAGAUUUUUCUUUCAUGUGUGUUACGUUUAGAUGUCACAUAGUUGUGCUUUAUAAUUUCCGUGAAUAUAAAAUUAAAACGUAAAAACUAUAGUCCUUUUAUAUUUUCCGACGAGAAGUAAAUUGGCGAAAAAAGUAUCUUGUUUCUCUGUUAUUCAAAACAAAUUGCUAUCAAGAUUUUUGGAAAAGAUCAAUUACUUAAUAAUUAGUAUUAAAGAAGUUUUGAAGAUCAAUUUUAUGCAAGUUGUUUAAAAUCCACUACAUAAGAAAGAUCCUUCAAUUGAAGUUACUAGAAGAGCAUAAUUUCUGAUAAGAUUUGAUCUUGAGUGCAGUGAUAAAACUAUAAAUUAUUUUAUUUUUGCAAGAUAAAUUUUGUUUUUUAUCAAGUGUUUGUUUUACAACUUUGCUAUUUCAAUGCAUUAUCAAAAUUUUAAUGAUUUUGAUAUCGAAUCAAGUUUUCAAGAAGAUGAGAAUGUUGUCAUUGACAAACCUUUUACUCCUGCCAAACCUCUAAAAUCAGCAUCUCCACCGCCAGUACGUUCAACAUUUAAGGCUCCCUCCAAUUUAUCUCGAGAAGAACAGUUGUUAUCUACGGUUGUUCACUUGGAUAAUGGUACAACUGGAUAUUUAAUAACUUUAAACAAAACAACAGGAUCAUGGUCAUGUCACGCUUGUUAUCCAUUCAAAGUUCCAUCUCUGUCAUUGCUCGAAGAACAUUUAACCAACAAAAUGCAUUUGUUAGAAAUGGGAAAAUCUUGUUUUCCCGCAAAAAACUUUAUCCGAGCAUCUUCAGAAACUGGGAUAAGUGUUGGUAUGCCAUCAAUGGUAUCGGGUGAACCAAUACCACCAGGAAUGGAAGACGAAGUGGUUAAUGUGUUGGCCCGUAUUCAAGCUACAUUGGAUUCAAUUUUUGUACCAUUAAUAGGCAUAGAAUUUAUUCUUGAAUUAUUACCGUCUGAACCAACUGAAGAACCUAGGUACAUGUGUGCAUUGUGUGACAAACGAGGUGAUCCAAGAACUUUUCCUAAUCACUUGCGAAGCUUUAAUCAUCACAUGGCGUAUUUGCGAAGAUAUUUUAGAUCAUUAGCCAGUGCAUUGGAAAAAUUAAACAAAGUGUCUUCUAAAGGAUUUCAAGAAUUAGUAUUUCAUGUUAUUGGGAAAAUAGAAGAAACCUAUGGCCGAAUGAAACCAAUAGUGGUUGAUGCAAGUCUAUUUGAUUUAUCUACUGAAAAAAUAAAAAUCUUAAGACAAGUAAAUAAUGGAAAACAUAUCAUGGAAAGUCAAGAAGACCUAUGGAUGUUAGAUAUGAUAAAGCCAGAAUUUGUUGAAAAUCCUUCACUUUUACAAGAAAAAUUUCCUUUAAAAAAAAUAACUGAAAAAAAUAAACGUGAAGAAGAAGAAAAACAAAAGGCAAUUAAAGCUGAAACGUCAUUUAAUAAAAAUCCAAGAAUCGCUGUUAAUAAAUCUCAAUUGCGCCCAAAGAAUGAUAAAGAAGAAAGUGAUUCUGAUAUAGAAUUUGUUGAUAUUAAACCAAAUACUGAAUCCAAACCAAGAAAGCGUAUAUCAAGUAGAGAUUCUAAAGAUAGGAGACGUAGAUCACCACCUAGAAGACAUCACCGUUCUAGAAGUCCACUUCGUCAUAAAUCACGUUCAAAAACACCUGCAAUGGUUAGACCAAGAUCCCGUUCACGUUCUUUUGGGAGAUCUCGUUCAAGAUCUCAUUCGCCUUACUACAACCGUAAUAAUAAAUACUCUAGUCAUCGAAGGCGUUACAGAAGCAGAGAAAGAGAUGAAUCAUACAGAAGAAAAAUUUCCCCUCCACCAAAUGUGCAUUCUAUGCACUCUAUGUCGGGUUAUGUCUCAGGACAUCCACAUCCUAGAAUGUUUUAUGCUGCACCUUAUAUGUCUUUCCCAAGACCGUUUAUGAGGUACCCUUCAACUAAUCAACCUAGGUUCUACUCUCCAGAUAUAUAUUCAGCCGAAUAUCAUACACAAAAAGAAAGAGGUACGAGUAAAAGAAAAAGAUUGAUACAAGAAUACGAAAAGGCUGUAGAAGAAAUGAAAAUUGAAAUGGAGAAGAAGUUAAGUUAUCAUGAAAAAAACCCUGAAAAUCAUCCAUUAUAUCCAGAGGAAUGGAAAAAGUUUUGGAAUCGGCGUUUUAAAGAAUUGCAAAUGGAGGGUAAAGAUCCAAAUACUUAUGAUUUUAAACCCGAAUGGAUCCUUUCAUGGAGUAAACSUACACAGGAAAUGCAUGAAGAGGAAAUCAAUGAAAAGAUGGAAAAACUAAAAAAUAAAAUACUUGGUGAUAUUAAUAUGGAUAAAAGUUCUUCAGAAUCGCCUUCCAGAGAUUCUCCACCUUUAAAAGAUAAAAAGUCGAUGAUUGAUUCAAAACCUAGUUGGCACAAUAUUCCAGUUUCAGAAGUUUUUGAAAGGGAUUCUGAUGUUAUAAUUAACAAACCAUCUAACGAUAAAAAACCUCGAGUUGCUGGGGCAUCUCCUAUUAAUUCAGAUUCAGAGGAUUCGAUAAAUGAAAUCAAUGACCAUAAUAAACCUAGGGAAAAGAUAAAAAUUGAAAAUCCAUUAAAUGUUAUUACCGUUCUAAGACAAUUGAGUGUAUUGGAAAGUCAAUUAGGUUUAUUAGCACCUAAAAUAGUAGAUUUGUUGUCUAAAGGUCUUGUGAUGGAAAAAAUUGAACCCAAAUCCUCAAUUAAGCUGCUGACUCCAGACAAUUGUGUGAUGUUUGAAACCGUAAAGGAAAAACUCAAAGGACAACUUUUAGCAGGUGUUGUCAAAAGGAGUUUGGUAAAUGCUACUAUGUUCUCUAUUCGCAACAUUGAAAAAUUGAUGCAGUUAGCCCCUAAGUUUAUACCAACAUCAAGCAUGUUAAACUCUACGCCUCCGUCCAUACCCACGCCUAUACCCACAACCAUACCCACAACUGUACCUAUAUCUAAAACUGCUCCAAUUAUAGUGCCCGGAGUUGGAGUUAUUGAUAAAAUGGCUAUUGCUCAACAAAUAACUCAAGCAUUACUAGCACAAGGUAGAGUGGAUUUAUCACAGAAUGAUCUAGAAACUCUCAUAAAUGCUGUUGUGGGUAUGGCACAGUCAGGAGAUAAUAUUCAAGGGGCAAAGAACUUAUUAGCAAACAUAAAUAAUGGAGAUAUGUUAAAAACUGCUUAUGAAGAAGUUGAAAAAAAGGAAGAAAUUGAAAAGAUAAAUUUAGACCAACUAUCUCAGGGUGACAUCAUUAACUUAUUGAAAAAUUUUAGAGACUUGAAUACUGAUGAACAAGAUGGACUUAUAACUUAUUUAAAAAAGUUGGGAGAAAAAAAACCAGAAGAGGUUAAAAAAUUGAGAAAGUACAUCGACAUGGGACCAUCUAACUUAAAAGAAGUUAGUUCUAUGUUUAAAGAUGAUGAUGAUGAUGAUGACAAUUAUGAACUAUCAGACGUUUGUAAGGCUGUUAAGGAAAAAGUUAGUGAUCAGAAAGAUGGAGACGUAAACAACAUGGCUGUUAAUUUUGAAAUUACUGAAGAGCAACAGAAACUUUUAAGUAGUAUAAAACAUUUUUUACCAGAAAUAAAAUCUGAUUAUAGUUUGGAACCUACAAACACUCAAAUUCAAACAACUCCUGACCAAUCUUAUUACAAAAGUCCUAACAUUGAACCUCAGACUACUUCUUAUUCUUUAGAUCCAUAUUCAGCUAAAAAUAAUGACACUAAUUAUUCUCCACAGCCAUCAACAUCCACUACAUUUUUAACAGACCAACCUGAAAAAUACAAUAUUCCUCUAGAAAAGCCUAAUAAAUACAAUAAACCCCAAGAACAGCCUAAUAAAUACAGUAAACCACAAGAUCAACUUAAAAAAUACAAUAAAAAUCAAGAACAAUCUAGUAAAUAUAAUGUACCUCAAGAACCGCCUAAUAAAUACAUGGCGCAAGAACAACCCAGUAAAUACAAUAUGUCACAAGGGCCACCUAAUAAAUAUGAUAUAAAUUCUCAAGAGUUGCCUAAUAAAUUUAAUGUACCUCAAGAGCCGACUAAUAAAUAUAUAUCUCCAGAACCGAUUAAUAAAUAUAUGUCUCAAGAGCUGCCAAAUAUGUAUAAUAUACCUCAAGAGGAACCCAAUGAAUAUAAUACUUCUGAAGUGCAAUCUAAUGAGUAUGAUAUAUCUCCAGAGAAACCUGAUCCGUAUUCAGCUAACCAAGUAGAUAAUUACAAUGAUCCUUAUUCACAAAAUCGAAGUAAUAAUUAUUACCAUGGGCAACAUCAGGAUUCUUAUACUAAAUAUCAUCAAAAUGCUUCCAGUUAUUAUAAAGGUAAAAAUUCUUAUAAAACUAAUAAUACUUAUCCCGACACAUACCAAGGAACGCCUAGAGAAAAUAAUAGGAACAAUCGAUUCAAUCGUGGUCAAAAUAACCGAUUUCAAGGCAGACGGUAAAUUGAAUAAAUAGAUUUUAUAUUAAUUAAUUAAAUUGAUUGUUUUAGAGCCUAAUUAAGAUUUUAUAUGUUCAUUAAAAAUUAUGCAACAUUUUAUGUUCUAUAAGUAUUUAAAUAUUUUAUUGUGUAAAGAUCAAUGAUUUUCUCAUCAUAAUUGUUCAGUAAUUAACUUAUUUUUAAUAAAAUACUUCAUUAUUUUUCAUUAUUGUAUUAUUUUGUUUUUCAAUAACUUGUGUCAAAGUUGAAAACAUCCUAUGCAAA